UCCAAAAGCGCCAGUAUCACUCUGUGCAUAUAUAUACAGAGAUAGAAAGAUUUGCAGUUCUGCAUAAACUUUAAUAUUAUACAUAUAUAGCAAUUAAAUAUGGCAGAAAGCAAAACCGCUCCUAUUCCUUCAUCUGAUUAUCAACCUCUGAUCGUUUCUAACCCUGAUGGCACCUAUACUCGUCUUCUCCACUUCCCAAGCGUCCCUGCCACACCAGAUCCCAACACCACCACCUCUCCGGUCCUCACCAAGGACAUACCUAUUAACCCUACUCGCCAAACCUGGCUACGAAUAUAUCUUCCACGGCGAGCACUCCACUCUUCCUCCGGCAACAAACUUCCUCUCGUAUUUUACUAUCAUGGUGGUGCCUUUGUUUUCUUUAGUGCAGCUUCAAAUUUAGCCCAUGAUUUUUGCUUGACCAUGACUGCACAACUCGAUGCAGUGGUGAUAUCCGUUGAGUACCGAUUAGCGCCGGAAAACCGUCUUCCGGCGGCGUAUGAGGAUGCUAUGGAAGCGCUGCACUGUAUCAAAAGCAGCCAAGAAAACUGGUUGACGGAGUAUACUGAUUUAUCCAACUGUUUUCUCAUGGGCAGUAGCGCAGGCGGUAACAUUGCAUACCAUGCAGUGUUACGAGCAAGCGAGCAAGUUCAGAAACUAGAUCCUUUGAAGAUCAAGGGGUUGGUACUCCAUCAUCCAUAUUUUGGUGGGAAAGAGAGAACCGGGUCGGAGCUGAAAAUGGCGAAAGACCCGAUUUUACCUUUGCCUGGAAGUGACUUCAUGUGGGAAUUAUCGUUGCCAGUGGGUGCAGAUAGAGAUCACGAGUACAGUAAUCCAAUGGCUGGGAAUUGGUCGAGGAUGUGUGAAUGUAUUCGGGGAGUGGGUGUGCGGGUCCUGGUGACGGGUUGUUAUGGAGAUCCGUUGAUUGACCGUCAAAUGGAAUUCGCGAAACUGUUAGAGGAGAAUGAGGUGGGGACUGUUGCCCACUUCACUGAAGGUUGUCAUACGGUGGAGUUAGUUGAUUCGCUUAAAGCUGACUCACUUUUUCUGGUUAUAAAAAAAUUUAUGUCUGAUUAAUGUAAAAAGUGGAAAAAGAAAUUGAUGUUUUACUUACCGUUACCCUCUUACUUUUUACCUAAAUAAAACAAAGGAUGUGGCCUCUCACGGCCGGACAACUCACUCUUUAAAUAAUAUUUAUCAUUUUUAUAUUGAUGAUAAUUUUAAA